AUGAGGGGACAGAUGCAAGCAGCAGCAGCAGCUAUUGCUGCUGCCAUUUGCUGCCUCGCAGGGCCCGACCAAGCGGCGCUCGCGGCGCAGCCGCCGCCUCAGGCUCCCCCCCCCCCUGAGUACAUGCCCACGGACCCAGCAGCAAUACCCAGGGGCCCUCCGCCGCCGCCGCAGCAGCAGCAGCAGCAGUACACGCCGCCCAGCCCGCCCCCGCAGCAGCAGCAGCAGCAGCAGCAGCAGCAGCAGGGCUACCAGCAGCCCCCCGCUGGCGGCUACGCCGCUCCGCCGCCGCCUGCUGCUCAGUACGCAUAUGCGCAGGACGCGCGGCAGCAGCAGCAGCAGCAGCCGCCGCAGCAGCAGCAGCAGCAGCCGCCGCCGCCGCAGCAAGCCUACUACGCGGGAGACCAGCGGUACGUGCAGCAGCAGCAGCAGCAGCCGCCGCCCAGCUACCAGCAGCAGCAGCAACCCCCAGCUUAUCAGCAGCAGCAGCAAAACUACGCCCCGCCCCCCACUUACCAGCAGCAGCCGCCAGCCUACCAGGCCCCGCCGCCGCCGCAGUACGGGCAGCCAGUGCAUCCUGCUGCUCAGCAGCAGCAGCAGCCGCCGCCGCCGCAGCAGCAGCAGCAGUACUACCAGCCCCCCCCGCCCCCCCAGUACCAGCCGCCGCCCCCGCAGCAGCAGGGGGCGCGGGCUGCAGCGCCGCCUCCGCAGCAGCAGCAGCAGCAGCAGCAGCAGGCGAAGCGGCAGCAGCCCAGCCAGGAGCGGCAGCAGCCGACGCGCGUGGAGCAGCAGCAGCCGGGCAGCGGCAACAAGAAGGAAAAGAAGCAAAAGGAAAAGAGACAAAAGCAAAAACAAACUGAUGCUGCUGCUGCUGCUGCUGCUGCAUACGCAGACCCUGUGGUGCAGCCCGUGGACGAAAUGGCCCCAGAGUAUCAGCCAAGGCGAGUCGAGGAGGGAGCCAUGGCUGAAGGAGCUGACAGCCAAACAGCCAGCCUGAUGGAGGAGUGGGAGAAGCACAUGCAAAAUUUCAUUCCAGAGAUGCUCGUGACCUUCUCCUUGAGCGCGCGCUCUGAUGAGUACUUCUACGAAGCCGUCGAGUCCGCCGGAGUUUUUUUGAGGGGCGGAUUUUUCGUCGGCGGAGACGAAGGCGACAGCGCCGUGGACUUCUCCAUCACAGACCCAGACGGGGACUUGAUAUACAAGAAGAGCCGCUCGGAAGGUUUGUUUUACUUCACGGCGAAAAAGAAAGGAACUUAUUCUUUCAUCUUGUCCAACCACAGGUGGAUGGAGUCGAAGACUGUCACUUUUGCAAUUGGCCGCGGCGCCGAAACGGCUCUGCUGCCGAAGCACUUGAACAACGCGGAGGAAAUGGUGGCGCAGCUCGAGCGCCAGUUGAAGGACAUUCAGGCGGAGUCUUCUUACCUGUGGAUUCGGCAGCGGUCUUUGAACGAAACUGCGCAGAGCUUCCUGCAGCGGCUGUCUUGGUUGAAUUGUGUUGAGUUUUUAAUGCUGGUGGCAACAGCAGCAUUUCACGCCCGCUACAUCGUCGGGCUCGUCUCAGACAAACGCAUCUUAUAA